UCUACAGUUUAAUUGUCUCACUCUCAUCAGUUUUUUAGAUCUGCAAUUUCCCAAAACUAUUCGUCGUCCUACUAGCUGUUCACGUCUACGUCAAGAUCCAGAUCUAGGGUUUCGAAUCGUUCUCUCAACCAGAUCCUCUCUCUCUCUCUCUCUCUCUCUCUCUCUCUCCUGCAAUUCCCCUAUCCUAUACAAACACACUAUACAUAUACACGUACACACCGAAGGGCAUUCGAUUCGGGCUCAGAUGAAGUCGAAUCAGUCGUCGUAUCGAGAUCGCACGCAGGAGUUCCUGAGCGUGGCGGAGAAGCAACGCAAAUCGUUCGCGUCGGUGCAGAACCCGCCGAGUAGCAGCAGUAGUAAUGGAAUUGGUUCGAACUCGAAGGAGGAGGGACCGAGAUCGGCGGUCGCGGUUCAGUCGGAGUUCAACCGGAGGGCUUCGAAAAUCGGGCUCGGGAUCCACCAGACGUCGCAGAAGCUGGCGAAGCUCGCCAAAUUGGCUAAGAGGACAUCAGUUUUUGAUGAUCCAACGACGGAGAUCCAAGAGUUGACGGCUGUCAUAAAGCAGGAUAUUACAGCACUUAAUUCAGCUGUAGUGGACCUCCAGUUCGUCUGCAACUCCCAGAAUGAAAGUGCAAAUAUAUCAACUGACACAACCACACAUUCAGCCACUGUUGUUGACAACCUAAAGAAUCGCUUAAUGAGCGCCACAAAAGAGUUCAAGGAAGUCCUCACUAUGCGGACAGAGAACUUAAAGGUUCAUGAGAACAGAAGGCAAUUGUUUUCUGCCACUUCUUCAAAAGAUGCUACUAAUCCUUUUGUUCGCCAGCGUCCAUUGGCUUCCAGAUCAGCAGCAAGUACAUCAGCAUCUCCCCCCCCAUGGGCCAAUGAGUCUGCAUCUCAAUCCCAGUUAUUUCCUAGGAAGCAGGCAGAUGGAGAAUCUCAGCCUUUGUUGCCACAACAGCAACAGCAACAACAGAUGGUUCCUUUACAAGACAGUUAUAUGCAGAGCAGAGCUGAAGCUCUUCACAAUGUGGAGUCGACCAUUCAUGAGUUGAGCAACAUCUUCACCCAAUUGGCGACCAUGGUUUCUCAGCAAGGAGAACUUGCAAUCAGGAUUGACGAAAACAUGGAUGAUACACUUGCAAAUGUGGAGGGGGCACAGGGGCAGCUAGUCAGGUACCUCAACAGCAUUUCAUCGAACCGGUGGCUAAUGAUCAAGAUAUUCUUUGUAUUAAUGGCUUUCCUAAUGAUUUUCCUAUUUUUCGUGGCGUAACAUAGCUUUGUAACAGAAUAAGACAAUUUUAAGUAAAGGAAAGAGCAUUAUCUUUUCUUUCUUGUUACCGGGGAGCCCUCUUGCUUUCGUCCUUCUUACCGAGUUUUUGAAAUCACAAAUGCUGCAAAUUUGUAACUAACUUGAUCUUGCCCUCUUCUUAGUUAAAAGUAUAUGAUUGUGUGGAA